CUUCAACCUCCGAUUUUUUCUUCUUUUUUUUUUUUUAUAACAUUAUUCGAAAUUUGAAGAAUCUUGGGUUUUCUCUCUCUUUUUCUUUUUUUUUUCUUUUUAUCACUUUGGCAGCACUUCGAAUUGACCGGAUUCCGACUGGCUUUGGGUUUCCUAUUGGCUUCUCGUUUGGGAAGAACACCCACCGAUCAAUCCCCCGGGCUGGGGGCUGGGGGCUGGAGGUGGAGGAUUGAAAAGGGGGCAAAAAUAUGAAGCAUUUGAUUGGAAAACCGGGGACGGUGAGUGGACUAGCAUUGAGAAUAGGUCAAUCUGCAUUUGCAGCUGCUUCAAUCGGAGUUAUGGUUUCUGCUUUGGGUUUCUCUAGCUUCACUGCUUUUUGCUAUUUGAUUGCAUCAAUGGGACUACAAGUGCUUUGGAGCUUCGGACUUGCAUGCCUUGAUAUGUAUGCUUUGAGGAGAAAAAGAGACCUUCAAAACCCAAUACUAGUCAGUUUGUUUGUUGUUGGUGAUUGGGUGACAGCCACUUUAACCCUUGCUGCUGCGAGUUCGUCGGCUGGGAUUAUUUUUCUUUAUGCCAAAGAUUUGGACGUCUGCAAGUUUCAUAAAGAACUUCCUUGUAGCAUGUUUCAGAUCUCCAUAGCUCUAGCUUUUGUCACCUGGGCUCUUAUUGCUAUGUCAUCGCAUGUCAUGUUCUGGAUUCUAUUAGCCUCAGUUUAGAAAACUCAUGCUUGCAAAAGCAAGCCCUUAUAUCAUCUGUAAAUAGCCCCCUUUUUAUAACAUUCAUUUUUUGACAUUUUGUUUCUUGUACAAACUCUUCGUUUUUAAAACAAAAGAGAUGUUCCCAAUUCGCUCCAGUUUUUUUAUGAUUAGUUCAUUCCCUACCUGAAAAGCUUACACGGAUGAUUUGUAAUUUAUGUUGCUUCUUCUUAGGAAGAUCUGUUAUAUUGAUUCUUUACUAUGAGAAUCUUUCAUGUCUAUUAAAUAAUACAGUUUCUUUGUCA